AUGGGGAGAAGUGAUGAUGCUCCAGAUGCAGCAACAAACGAGGCGUCGAUGUUCGCUUUCUAUCGAUAUGAUCCAAGUAUGGCCGGCGCCGUGAUCUUCACUAUCCUGUUUACGAUAACGACGAUAUGGCACGCGGUGCAACUGUUCCGGACUCGAACUUGGUUUUUCAUCCCAUUCGUGGUGGGCGGCAUAUUUGAAAUCAUCGGCUACAUCGGACGCGCCUUAUCAAGCCAUGAGAGUCCAAACUGGACUCUCGGUCCCUACUUGAUCCAGACUCUGUUCCUCCUUCUUGCACCGGCCCUCCUCGCCGCAUCGGUUUAUAUGCUUCUUGGGCGCAUCAUCUUGAUUCUGCGAGCAGAGUCCCAUGCCAUCCUGAGAAAAAAAUGGCUGACCAAGAUCUUCGUAACGGGAGAUGUCCUUUCAUUCUUCCUGCAAGGUGCCGGUGGCGGCAUCCAAAGUAGCGGCAGCCUAGACAACAUGAAACUGGGCGAAAAGAUCAUUGUGGUGGGACUCUUCGUCCAGAUCUUCUUUUUCGGCAUCUUUAUAGUUACAGCAGGCAGCUUUGACCUGAAGCUGAAGAAAUACCCGAUCCCACGGUGCCACGAUCCGUCGAUCCCGUGGAGAAAGCAUCUGAAUAUCCUAUAUGCGACUAGCUUCUUGAUUAUGAUACGAUCGGUGUUCCGCUUGGUGGAGUAUAUUCAGGGAAAUAAUGGGUUUCUUCUGCAUCACGAGAUAUUUCUAUAUAUCUUUGAUGCUGUAUUGAUCUUCGUGGCUAUGAUUGCUUUUAACGUUUUUCAUCCUAGUGAAUUGGCGCAUCUGCUGAGGGAGGCACAUGAGUACGAGUUGCAGAGUAUAUAUGAUAAAUAUGGGGCGUAA